AUGGAUAUCCUACAGUUCGCACCAACGCAUCUUCUGGCAAUACUGCUUAGCAGUACCAGCGUAUUGUUCCUGGUCACGUAUCUCCUUCGUGCAGGACAUCGACCCUCAGAACUACCGGACGGUCCUCCAACCGUUCCACUUUUUGGAAAUGAGCUGCAGGUGCCAAAAUCAGAUGCACAUUUCCAGUUCUCCAAGUGGGCCAAGCAAUAUGGCGGCUUUUUCACGCUCAAACGAUACAACAACACCACCAUUGUCAUCAGUGACCAGAAACUCAUCAAGCAACUGCUGGACAAAAAAAGCAACAUAUAUUCUCACCGACCAGCGUCCCUAGUAUCGCACCUUAUUACGCAGAGUGACCAUUUGCUCGUUAUGCAAUAUGGUGAGCGAUGGCGCAUGCUGCGUAAAACCAUUCAUCAAUACUUCAUGGAGCCCCGCUGCGAGCGUGAACACUGGAAAGUCCAAGAGGCUGAAGCCAAACAGAUGUUGCACGACUUUCUGACCAUGCCAGAGGAUCACAUGCUGCACCCUAAACGGUACAGUAACAGUAUCACCAACUCUCUUGUCUUUGGUAUUCGUACCAAAACUGUCCACGACGAGUAUAUGAACAAGCUUUUCUACCUGAUGGACAAAUGGUCAUUGGUGCAGGAGCUAGGCGCCACCCCACCUGUGGACUCGUUCGCUUUGCUGCGUUAUGUCCCGCAGUGGCUGUUGGGUAACUGGCGCAAUCGAGCGAUCGAAGUGGGUGAUCUAAUGCAGUCGCUUUACAAGACCGUUCUAGAUCAGGUUCGGGAGCGCCGCCAGCGGGGUAUUCAGCGGGACUCCUUCAUGGACCGAGUACUAGAUUCAAUGAAACAGACCCCACUCACGGAGAAUGAGUUGCGAUUCCUAGGAGGAGUUCUGAUGGAAGGAGGGUCCGACACUUCCUCCUCGCUUAUAUUGACCAUUAUCCAAGCUAUGACUAAAUAUCCAGAGGUGCAAGCGAAGGCCCAUGCACAAAUCGACUCCAUUGUCGGCCAGGACCGCUCUCCAGCUUGGUCUGAUUGGCCUCGGCUGCCCUAUAUAAACAUGAUCAUCAAGGAGUCCCACCGGUGGCGUCCCGUCAGCCCUUUGGGUGUUACUCACGCUGUCGCUGAAGAUGACCACAUCGACGGAAAACUCAUUCCGCAAGGAUCGAGCAUCGUUCUCAAUGUCUGGGGCAUGCAUCAUGAUAGUGAUCGAUGGCAGGAACCAGAGCAUUUCCAGCCUGAACGUUUUGCUGAUUUCCCGGCUUUAGCCUCGACCUACGCCGGCUCCGAGCGGAGGGAUCAUAUUGGUUACGGAGCGGGCCGUCGAAUUUGCCCAGGCAUCCACUUAGCGGAGCGAAACUUGAUCAUAGGCAUUGCCAAGUUGCUCUGGGCGUUCGAGUUUGUGGAGCCACCUGGCAGUGAUAGUGACAUUUCGGCCCACUCUGGAGCUAGCAAAGGCUUCCUCCAUUGCCCCAAGGACUACGGAUGUGCCAUUCGCCUCCGUUCUCCGGAAAAGAGAGCGACCAUUAUGCGAGAAUUUGCCGAGGCACAGGAGGUGUUCGCUCAAUAUGAUUAG